AUGUGGGCAUCUGAGCGGGUAACUCAGAAGAAACCUUCGGGUGUUUAUGAGGUCGAUACUUAUUCAGCAAUAUCUGCUAAAAUGGACUCAUUAUUUCACAAGAAUAAUCAAUAUGGGGAAACAUACAAUAACAGUUGGAAGAAGUAUCUCAAUUUCCCUUGGAGCAACCAGAAUCAGAAUAGGCCUCAGGGUCAGUUUCAACAGCAAGAGAAAAAACCUCAAUUGGAAGAUAUGUUCGGGAAAUUUAUGGAGAGGACCAAUCAGUACAUGGAGAAAACCGAAAUCACUCUGCAAAACCAGAAUGCUGUCAUCAAAAACUUGGAAACUCAAAUGGGACAGAUGGCCAUAGCUUUGACUGGAAGAGCACAGGGAAAUUUACCAAGUAACUCGGAAAUCAACCCAAAAGAGCAUGCCAAGGCCAUCACAACUCGAAGUGGAGUGCAACUACCUGAUAUGCAUGUCAAAAGGCCAGUCAAGAACAAAGAGAAUACACCUUCUGUAGAAGAAGAAACUGUGGAGCAGGAUGAACAACCAAACACAUCUACUGCAAAGGAAAGCUCAGAAAAAGCAGGGAAUAAAGAAACAGUUAUAGUCAACCCAUAUGAACCUCCAAUUCCAUUUCCACAGAGGUUGAAAAACCACAAAAUGGAGCAACAAUACAAGAAAUUUUUGAAAGUCUUCAAGAAGCUCCACAUCAACAUCCCGUUGGCUGAUGAUCUAUUCCAGAUGCCCAGCUAUGCAAAGUUUCUGAAGGACAUAUUAUCAAAUAGACGCAAGCUGGAGGAUCAUGAAAUAGUAAUGCUAACCGAAGAGAUACUAGGAUUGGGAGAGCCUAAAGUAACUACAAUAAUUCUACAGCUAGCUAAUCGAUCACUUGCACAUCCACGAGGGAUUAUCGAAGAUGUAUUAGUCAAAGUGGAUAAACUUAUAUUCCCAGCGGACUUCUUAAUUCUGGACAUGGAAGAAGACAAGGACGCCACUUUUAAUGUUUUCAAAGUAAUGAAAUAUCUCAUCGAGCCAGACAACUGUUUCCAGAUUGAUGUGAUUGACAUAGGAAUCCCCUACAAUUAUGAGUUGAAGAAACUGCCAGACAUACAGGAGGCUGAUAUGAUGCACCCUCAAUCCAUUCUCACUAACUCAAAGGAGAUCGAGGUAUACACCGUGGAGUCUUAA